AUGAGCGAUUAAGUGAAUCAGAAUUCUCUUAAUAAAUCCUCAAUAGUCGAUCCAUUUACACCCUAACUAUAAGAUAAAACUAGAUCAGUUCUCAAUCCUAAACAAAAUGAGGUGAACUCUUCAAAAGCUGAUUAUAGCACAGAUGAAAAAUCUAAUUCAUUCAAGUCCGACACAAAAAAUAUCAGAAGUCGUGAAAAUUCUUUACGAGGUUUUGUCAGCAAUGGUCUCACAAUAAUGGCUGCUAAAAAGCAAAGAAAAGAAGAGAGAUGCACAACUUCUGGCAAAUAGAAUAGCCCUCUUAAAAUACAGAGAAAAAAUACUCGAAAUAUAAUCAGACAAAGGAAAGAGGACUCUGAGCAUGAAAAAUAAAAGAUAAGAGAGGCUUUAUAUCUUAGCAAGAAAGAGGAGGUGCAAUAGUUAAAGAGAUUAGAGGCAUAGAACAGAUAAAGGAAGAAUUUUAUAAUUCAUGAGCUAGAAGCAUAAGGUAAAGACAGAUUUAAAAUGAUUAAGUCUCAAGAAAUAUAAGCACAAUAAAAAUUACUAAUGAUUAAGGAAUAUAAAGCAAAGGAAGCUUAAAAGGAAAUAUAGAAAAGAAUUGAAUAAGAAAAUGAUUAUAUUAAAAAAAAGGAGAAAGAAGUCAUACAGAUGGAGCUUUUAGAAAUAGAAUUAAUCAAGAAGCUCUAAAACUCUUAAACAGUUUAAAAGAUAGCAUAUUAAGAAUUAGAGCAGGCCUUGCAUAAUGGUACAAAAGAAUUAAAGGCCUAGGGUUCAAGUAAUAAUUGA